AUUCUAUUGUGACUGCAGUUGGGAGACACACAACAGUGUGAAGUUCGUUCGCUUGUUUGCAUGUGUAUGUGCAUAUGUGUUGCUGCUACUGUCAAAUUCUCUAGACAUUUUUUUUUAUUUGUACACAAAUGCUGUGUGUAGUAUUCGUUUUGUUUUAGUUUGGAUCACACCAAACCGGUGUUGUUGUGCACUAGAUUGUUCAUUCUGGCUCCAAAGUCUGAACUUUUAAAUCGAUUCACACUGAAAAAAGAACUAAGUAAAUAUCAUCAUUGAGGUGUCAAUCGAAUUGGCUGCUUCGUUCAGUGUGUGUUGUUGUCAAAAUACAGAGAAGUUAGAGAAACAAGUGUAAAACGACAAAAAUAACCAAUUACAUAAGUCCAUCCGCAUACAUUGUUUUUAGAAAUAUUGUUCCGUAUUCGAUUGAGUUGCAUUGGCUUGAAAUCAAGUAAAGCGAGAAGCGAUUUUGAGUGUGACAACCGAAAAAAAAAAUGGCGAUAAAAUUCGACGACCCCGAUAGAAUUGAUGUGGACAAGCCACUAUGGGACCAAUCAACAUUCAUCGGACGAUUCAAACAUUUUGCCUUCAUUACGGAUCCAACGACAUGCAUGACCUCCGAAGAAGAUUUGGACAAGGCCAAGAAAUUGGUCGAACAAUAUCGACUGGGCAAGGAGCCAGUUUCAACGACGCGUGAACAAAUUAUUUACGCGAAAAAACUGUACGAAUCAGCAUUCCACCCGGAUUCAGGUGAAAAGCAAAAUCUCUUUGGUCGAAUGAGUUUUCAAGUGCCUGGCGGCAUGUUGAUCACGGGUGCGAUGCUUCAGUUCUAUCGCACGGUGCCAGCAAUCGUCUUUUGGCAGUGGGUCAAUCAAUCAUUCAACGCUCUAGUCAACUACACAAAUCGCAAUGCAAACUCUCCGCUCACUGUAACCCAGUUGGGUGUUUCAUAUGCGACUGCUACUUCCAGCGCCCUGGUGGUUGCUAUCGGCUUCAAGGGUUUCUUGCAAAAGCAUGCUAGCCCAUUUGCACAGAGAUAUGUCCCAUUUGCCGCAGUUGCAGCGGCCAAUUGUGUAAACAUCCCGUUCAUGCGGCAAAAUGAAUUGAUUGAUGGCGUGAGUGUUCAAGAUGAAAAGGGGAAUGAGAUCGGUAAAAGUCGUCUUGCUGCCGUGAAGGGCAUCUCACAAGUGGUUUUCUCGCGUAUAUUGAUGGCAGCACCGGGAAUGCUUGUACUGCCUGUCAUUAUGGAAAGGCUGGAAAAGUACCCAUGGUUUAAACGCUUGAGCAUAUUGCACGCACCGUUCCAAACUCUUGCUGUUGGUGGAUUUUUGAUGUUUAUGGUUCCCACGGCCUGUUCGAUGUUCCCACAGAAAUGCUCUUUGGACAUCAAAACAAUUGAGCGCUUCGAGCCAGAAGCCCAUAGCGAAAUGGUGAAAAAGAGCUCCGGAAAACUUCCACAGAAAGUCUAUUUCAACAAAGGGCUCUAAACAAACCGCUAACUAUUUACUUACGGACAAUAAACACUUUUGUUGGAGACUAUAUUCAAAAUACUAUGCUGCUAUUUAAAGUCAAUGAAAAUGACUAACAUAGUCACAAUACAAUUGCACGUUUCAUAGCUGAAGCACAACAAACGUGGAAAUUCUUUUCAUUUUUCAAUUUAGUGACGCAGAUUGUCAAAGACACGGCACCAGCUAACAUUCGUAGGAUUGACAUUAGUGUGAACAAAAGUGUUACGUAGGCUUAGAUUAAUCACGUUCAGGUGUCUAUUCUUUCGUUUUCAUUCUAAAACUAAAAACUAAAUGUACUUGUUUUUGAUUUUAAACGGGAAUUGAAUUAUUUAAUGGUUCAGUCUUAAUACAUGUAUUAUUGUAACUUUGUUUGGAUUGUAUGUAGAAAAGGGAGAAAAAAAUCAUUGUAUUUUUUUUAUGUUAAACGUUUACCGUUUCAAUUAUGUUCCAUUGUUUGAAGGAAAAAUAAUAGUAUUCUCAAAACGCAUUUAAUACGUUUUAUUGAUUGAAUUAUGAAUAGAAAAUUAAUAAAAAUCACAAAAGAUCAUUGCUAUUGUCAAAAA